AUGCCUCCAGCGUUACCAACGGAAAAGAAUGUCCGACGAGGGUUCGUGGAUGUGACUGCUGCCAAGAUUUCGAACAAGCAUGAGGGAUUGACAGAGAUUGAGAAGUCUUUCAAUGAAAAGAUGCUUGACAUCCAAGUUGUUCAAAUGAAGAAUGUCAAGAAAGUUGGAAUUCUACAUGUCAACAACAACAACCAUCUGAUGUACAACAAGGAUUAUCAAGCGACUUUCAUUCGGCUCAACAUCGAUGAUCAUAUCUUGUACGAAUCUAUUGAUAACAGGCUACUUGGUAUAUAG